CUCCCUGCCUCCUGCCUCCCUGUUUAUUCCUAUCACCUCCAUUUUGACUUUCUACCAGCGACGUUAAAUAGAUUAUAGGGGAUUCACUUAUUUAAAGCCUUGAGCAAAAGCUCUCCAGUUUAUUUCUGGAUCUUCCUAGAAUAACACAACUACAGCAACAGUGCUAGAGGAACCAGAGUGAUCUAAUUCAAGUAAGUUACCUUUGCCUUGCGGGACAGUGUUGAGUAGUAGAGCAGCCAGUCAGUUAGAAGCUUAGUAGGUCAGCUCAGCUUUGUCUUUACCCUUCAUACCACCGGGCUGUGAUCACACUUUCAUCUGUUGUGCCGGGACUUGCUGCACCAGGAGGCUCCUCCGUACAACUCCAUCAUGUCUCUCAGGCUCUUGCCCGCCUUUAUUAUGGACAAUGAUGAGGAUGAUGAUGGUAACUUCACAAAAUGGAUGAGUAGUUACUGGGGUCACGGAGCAGAAGGUGGAAACCCCAGAGACAGAAAACGCAGUUUCAGAAGACCUGCAAAAACACAAGCUGAUCGAAGAGCGUCACUCCCGACUGUGUCACAAUUAGAUGCCAUGAAGUUGAACAAGCUCCAUGCAGCGACAAUGGCGCCCUCUCCCAGUCACAUCAAAACAAGAGAGGAGAAGGGGGAGGUCAGACCGCACCAAAGAGCUCGUCGUGCCUCCUCAGACGACAACAGCCGUCCAAAGUCAGCCAUCCCAGAGAACCGCAUCACCACGAUCCCAGAGCUCACAGAGUCAUUCGAGAAGAGACUUUGUGUCCGUGAUAAGAGGACCAUGUCUCUGAAUGAUAACAACAAGUUGUGCCUGAUCUGUCAUGAGGACAUGCGUAUGAAUGGAGGGGUUCAAGAGCUGCACUGUACACACCGCUUCCACAAAGAGGUAGCUCGGAGGUUAGAGCAGUCUUGGCCCUGCAGCAGCAGCGAAGCAGCAUCCUGUCAGGCGAGAAGACCCUUGGAUCAGAGGAGGAAGUCGGCAGAUGGACCAAUCUCCAUGGAGAAGGAGCAGCACACACCCCGUCGUCAACUUUCCCUGCGGAGACAUCGCUGAUAUCAUUCUGUGGAAGGAGGUGACUCAUUUUGGGAGGAGAGGACGGAGGAUUUGCACCCAUGGGCCAAACAUCGGGACUGUCUCCUGUAAUUUUACUGCUAUAUGGUGUGGCAUUCAAGUGAUUCAAGUGUUCAAAUCUCAGGGCCUUGACUGUGCCUGAUCCUGUGAAACUGCCCCGUGGGCCCUAUUGCUAUGUCAGCUGCGUUACGUCUCUUUCUCCUCAGUGUCAAAAUGCAAAUUUAGGAGGAUUCGUAAGUAAGAAUUUGUAAAUAAAAGCAUUUAAAAUGUCUGAAAAAGCCUUGGAUUGUUGGGAUUGUUUAAAAUUUUCAUUAGGCAAAACUAAUGUAGGAGUUUUGGAAUUAUCAGUACUUUAAGUUUCCUGCUUGAAUUAGCUUGUAUCUACCUUCUGCCAUAUUGGAAUAUAUAUUACUUUAACACUGGCAAAGAAUACUUGCCUCUAUAUAUUACCACUGCUAUAAACGAGAUGUACAGUAAAAAAUAUCUGCUUCAUAGUAGUUCAUAGGUACGUUUUUAGUUCAUUAAUGACUCCCAGCUUGUUACUGCGUGACACUCUAGCUGAUAUCUUUGUGGUUACAUUCAUCACACUAUAAAUUCAACGGUGUGAAGAGUAAAAAAGAUCCAAUUAUGUUUAAUAUGGCCCAUACAGUAGAUUUAAUAAGGUGUCUCAGCUGUUGUGAGCUGGUUGCAUGCUCUUCUUUUCUGUUUCCAGUCACUUUUUAUACUCUAGAGUCUGAGGACUUGUAGGGCGACAUGUGUAAUUUUGAUUGCUUGGAAGUUGUUUUAAUGAAGUGAUGUGUAUUUUUGGGUUUUUUGGUAUACAAAUUCGAUGUUUGUAUUCUGUGUUCUGUGCUGUGACAGAAAUGAAAAACAAAAGUCAAUAAAUAACCAAGGAUAUAAAUUCUCAACUUUAAAUGUAUUUACUUUGGAUUUUACCU